AUGGAUCUCGCCGGUGCCCUCCCGAAGCCGACGUCAUUUCGACUAGCCCGGCUGGCGCAAGACGCAUACGACUUGCCGUUGAAGGCAUUCAACCAAGAUGGUAGCCCCGAGGCCCAUCCAUCCCUUGCCUACCUUUGUCUUCUGGUUUUCGAGGCCGUCCUGGAAGUAGUUUGCGUCAGCUUACCGGGCUACAUCAUUGCUCGGCUGGGCCAUUUCGAUGCAGACAAGCAAAAAUUCUUGGCCAACUUGAAUGUCAUGCUGUUCACGCCAUGCCUCAUCUUCACGAAGCUUGCGUCGCAGUUGAACGCUGAGAAAUUAUCCGAGCUCGCCAUCAUUCCCGCCAUCUUCCUUGUCCAGACUGCAGUAUCGUGGCUUGUUUCCGUCCUCAUCGUCAAGGUCUUCCGGUUCAACAAGCGGGCCGCCAACUUUGUCACUGCCAUGGGGGUCUUUGGAAACUCAAACUCACUUCCCAUCUCGCUUGUCAUGUCGCUUUCACAGACAAUCAAGGGCCUCCACUGGGACAGAAUACCGGGUGAUAAUGAUGAUGAGGUUGCUGCUCGAGGCAUCUUAUACCUGUUGAUCUUCCAACAACUCGGCCAGUUGGUGCGCUGGAGCUGGGGCUACCAUGUUCUACUGGCGCCCAAGAGCAAAUACGCGGAAUAUCAGGACGAAAUUGCUGAGGCUGGUCAACGGUAUCGCGAUGAGCCUGCAGAGGACGAAAACGCCGAUCUUGAUGACCGUCUUGACGAUGACACCAUGGAAGAGGAUGAGACCCAAAGUGUUGACUCCCAUGACUAUAUUCCUGCUGGUCGGACCCCGGUCGCUGGCGCGUCGCAUGCUUCCAUGACGGACUCUAGUGACGACGAGGAACUGCUGUCGCCCAAGAAAGCCAAGGCUGGCUAUGCCACCUUCCCUGGUGAGCAGAACGCUGCUGCCACGGGCAAUCGGAACACCAUGACUGCAUUUCCUCACAUUGGAAGUGAUGCGGGCAAAGUAAGCCGCUCGUGGAUUCGCGUCAAGGACUACAUCGGCAGUACGGUGCAGCGAGUGUACAACUCCAUGCCUCGCCCCUUGCAAGUCGCCGCGACGUUGAUGAAACGUGUCUGUGUCAAAAUGGCGACCUUCGUUUGGGAAUUCAUGAACCCUCCUUUGUGGGCCAUGCUUUGUGCGGUUCUGGUAGCCUCCAUUCCGUCGCUUCAGCAACUGUUCUUUGAGGAAGGCACUUUUAUCAACAAUAGCGUCACCAACGCCGUGAAAUCUAGCGGCGGCGUUGCUGUGCCGUUGAUUCUAGUCGUUUUGGGCGCGAAUCUUGCGCGGAACACGAUGGCCCGUGAAGACAACCACGACCCCGAGGAAGAGAAGAUGGGAAACAAGUUGCUAGUUGCAUCGCUUUUGAGUCGCAUGGUCCUGCCCACUGCCAUCAUGGCCCCAAUCCUGGCCAUCACUGCCAAGUAUCUCAACGUCAGCAUCUUGGACGACCCGAUCUUCAUUAUAGUCUGUUUCCUUCUCACAGGCGCUCCGAGCGCUCUUCAGUUGGCUCAAAUUUGUCAAAUCAACAUGGUCUUUGAGAAGACCAUGGGCCGUAUCUUGUUCCAGAGCUAUGUCCUGUGGAUUCUUCCAUCUACCCUGAUCCUCGUCAUGAUGGCGCUUGAAGUUGUAGAGUGGGCGAGGUAA